AUGGACAAGACGGACGAGGCAGUGUUCGUUGGCGUGAGGCUGCGGCCCUUUCUGAGCUACGAAUCGCGACAGCAAUGCCUUACCGCUUCCGGGAAGCUAAUCUCCGUGGUCGGAGAAUUUCCUGACAAGAAGAAGAAGGACUUCGCAUUCGAUUGUGCGAUGGACAGCACUGAUGCUUCCAAGCCGGACUACGUUUCGCAGGAGAAGUGCUACGAAAUGAUAGGGCGCAGAAUGGUGCAGCAUUCCAUUUCCGGGUAUCAUACGUGCCUGUUCUGUUACGGGCAGACCGGCAGUGGAAAGACCUUCUCUUUCAUGGGCAAGAAGAGUGAGCCGGAGCAGGGUCUGCUGCCGCGGCUCUUGCGGGACCUCUUCGGAGAGGUGGAAUCCUUGCGCAGCUUGGGUGGCCAAGUGCAGUGCCGGGCGCAGAUGCUGGAAGUCUACAACGAGAAGGUUCGUGAUCUGCUCGAGGACAAGGAAAAAGCCAAGGCGCCAGAGAUUCACGUGCAUCCGAAGGUGGGGGUCUAUGUUGAUGGUGCUACCGAUGUGCAGAUUGAGACUCUGGAGCACCUUCAAAAACUGCUGGAAACCGGGCUUUCGAGGGCAAGCGUCGCAGCCACUAUGCGAAAUGCUACAAGUUCUCGUGGACAUACACUGUUCAGGCUUCUAAUGGAAAAGCACGAAGCUCACACAGUGGUCUCCUCUGAGGUUUUCUGCGUGGAUUUGGCGGGGAGAGAGAACGAGAAGACUACGAAAGUAACUGGUGAAAACUUCGUAGAGCUCACAUUCAUCAAUCGAAGCUUAAUGUGGCUUGCCCAGUGCAUACAAGGGCUUGGGCGGCAAGCGCGUCAGCGCGGGAACUCAGACGAAGUUGAUGGCCCGAGCCGUGCUCGAUUCCGCAACUCCAAGCUCACCUUGCUGCUCUCCAAUGCACUCACGGGCAACUCGAAAACGUGCCUGUUGGGAACGCUAAGUCCAGCAGCGGUCAACUUAGAUGAAAGCUAUGUCACGCUGAACUUUGCGAGCACUGUUAAGAGCAUCAAGGUUACUGCAAAGCGUGUUGCGAAGGUGGACAAGGACUCUCUCAUCCAAAGCUUGAAUGAAGAGCUGCGAAGUCUGAAAGAUCAGCUGAACAGCGCGACACCGAGAAAUGCGCAAGACCUCGAUUCUCAAGCAGGCUUCAUUCGUAAUAUGAUGGAGAGCUACAAGGCUCGAUGGGAAGAGGCGCAGAAGAAUGCAGAUCUCUUGCGAAGGCAGAAGGAUGAUGCGUUGCAAAAUCUUGCAAUAUCGAGGUGGAGGUUUGCGAGAGCCACAGUGAAAAACGAGCUUCGGGAUGAAGCGCGAGAUGCGCGAGCAGACGCCGCGAUCGAGCAUUUGCAGGGCACGCCUCCCUCCCAAGGCACGCAGUCGAACGGAGCUUCUCCGGUUAGCCCAGAGAGCUUCGAAGUGCACUUCGACCCGCACGAGCCAAGCCAGCACAGGCUCUUUCCUGAAACUGGUGCUUCCCAAGUAGAAAGCAUGCGAUACCAGCAGUCGGUGGCCAUGAACUCUGCAGAAAUGGGCGCAUGGUUAAGCCACUGGCGAACACCGGCCGCAUCAGAUAGUCCAAU